AUGAAUUUACAUAAUGAUAAAGAACUUGGCGAUCUGCUCGAUCUCAAUGCUGUCAAACAUCGAACACGUUUUUCAAAUAAUAUUAUUAGUACAUCAUCCUCAGCAUCAUCUGGACUUUCAUCAUCGAUGUUAAAUUCAGCAACUCCGUAUUCAAAUGGAGCUUUAGUUCCACCAUCUUCAACAAAUCCUGAAGCUAUGUAUGCGACAAAUACAAAUAAAGAUUAUUGGAUACCAGCAACAACUUAUGACGAACCGAUUUAUGAAGGAAAUUAUAGCAAUCGUGAUAUUCUUCACCCAUUUAUAACAUCUGAACCAUUACAUCGAUCUAGUGAAUUAUCUUCAUCGCAUCCAACAUCACGAACAACAACCAAUGAUUUGACAUAUUCCGAAAAAUUGAAUGAAAAACCUCGACGACCGCCGACAAAUGUAAGUUAUGACUUCUAUUUAUUGUCAUAA